CAUUUUUUCCUACCUCGUUCAAACCCGCAAACGGCUUUUUAAUGAUUGCUUGUACAUUGUGUGUUGUUUGUUAAUUCAUUCCGUUUUUCUGUUGUGAGCGUUACAAAAUCUAGCACUUAAGUGCCAUUUAUCUGUUACGUUGUGUUACGAGUGCAAAGUUAACUGUUGAAGUGAAGAAAACUCAAACGAAUUGCGACUGCGUCACCCACCUGCCUGCCAGCUGCUGUGUUUUGGUUGCCCGUUAGGUACGCGUCAUCUGUGCUAUGUAUUGUGCCUGCGGAGGAAUUCGCACCCCAGCUACAGUGAAUACGUUCUAGUUUAGGCCCGUUUAUUUUGCGACGCACGCAGUUUGUGAAAGGUGAACAGUGGCGAACUACGGAUCGCAAAGGUCGUCGUAACACAUGGAGAUUCAUACGGAAAGCAGCGGCAUCGAUUCCUCGCCGGACAUGAAUUCGAGCGUCGAACUCAACUCAUCGCCGCAGCGUUCGUCGACGGUCAUGCCACGGAAGCUGACCUUCGGCAACUCGCCGGAACCGAUGCACAACUCGGCGUCCGAGCUGCACCAGCAACAGCAGAACAGAAACCAACCAUCCCUGUCGCCACCGUACAGGAAGGUGCAGGCCUUGCGGCUGUUCGAUACGCCAGCCACUCCGAAAACCAUCCUGCAAAAGUCUACCAACACAAUGUUCCGCCGGCAAGUGUUUGGCCCGGGCACGACCCUGUUCCCGUCGGCAUCGGCCGGCGCAGAGCAAGCGGAUCUGCUGGCACAACCAAUGGACGGAGGGUUGCCGAUUUUCGCAACCGACAAACCGAAACCGGUUCCGCUGCAUCGACGAUACGACGUGGGACUACCGCCGGCCAACGUAAACCCGUUCACGCCACCGGCCAUGUUCAUGCGAACGAAGAAGCGUACCCGGCAGGAGGGCCCCGAAAGCGCGAAGGCAACGCUGGGCCACGGCGGCAUUGGCACUGGCACUGCUAACACGAUCCGCAGUCACAACUUCCCUACCAUGUUUCCUAGCAACCGACUCAACAAGUGUCGGCUGCCGUUCAGCGGGCCGCCCACUCCGUUUGCCCUGAAGCAGCCGAACGAUUCCACCACCAACCACACGCUCAAGGCGUUCAACAUGGUGGAGGACGAGUACGGCGAUUUCCGGCAGGCCCCGAAACGGCUCGCCCUGCAGGACUCCAACAUCUCCCGGUACGAGAAGGAGUUCAUCCAGCUGUCGUUGCUCGGUACGGGCGAGUUCGGGCAGGUGUACCAGUGUCUGAACCGGCUGGACGGCUGUAUCUACGCGAUCAAGAAGAGCAUUCGGCCGGUAGCGGGCAGCUCGUUCGAGAAGACGGCCCUCAACGAGGUGUACGCCCAUGCCGUGCUGGGCAAGCACGACAACGUCGUCCGCUACUACUCGGCCUGGGCCGAGAACAACCACAUGCUGAUCCAGAACGAGUACUGCAACGGUGGCAGUCUGCAGACGGUGCUGCAGGAACGCUGCCUGAAGGAGUCGGAACUGCGCACGCUGCUGCUGCACAUUGCCGAGGGGCUCAAGUACAUCCACUCGAACGAUCUGGUGCACAUGGAUCUGAAGGCUGGCAACAUUUUCCUCUCGAAGACGCCGCUUCGUUCGGGCACGCCGCUGCACGGUGCUGCCUCUACUGCGGUACCGCUGGACUGUCCGGACGAUGGGUUCGAGGACGUGUACGAUGAUCUGGAGAACGAGUUUCUGGUGACGUACAAGAUCGGCGAUCUGGGGCACGUCACCUCGAUCAACGAUCCGCAGGUGGAGGAGGGCGACUGUCGCUACCUGCCGAACGAGAUACUGCAGGAAGACUACAGCAACCUGGCGAAGGGUGACAUCUUUUCGCUGGGCAUUACACUGUACGAGGCGGCGGGCGGUGGUCCACUGCCAAAGAAUGGGACCGGCUGGCAUCAGCUGCGCAGUGGCCAGUUUCCCGACCUGCCCAACAUUGGGAAGGAUUUUAACGAUCUGAUCAAGCAGAUGAUGCACCCGAACCCGGAGAAGCGUCCCUCGUCUACGACAAUUUUCAAUCAUCCGGUAUUAUCACCGAUCGAUUCCAAAACGAAGGCGCAGCUGUGUUUGGAGCUGAGCAUGGAGCGGCAGAAGAACGAGGUCCUGAUGAGAAAGCUGAAGGAACAGGCGAAGCUGCUGAAAUCAAUCGAACAGCAAUCUCUCACUCCAGUUGCUGCAACUGUCGCCCGUAAGACGCGUUCCUCUGCGACGUCUCUCGAGACGUGCACCUCCGACCGUAAGCUACGUUCCUACUCGCACAAGAAGCGCACCACCAACCUCAUCUCCAAACGAAGGGGAAUACGAGACAGCAGCAAGACGAAGGACUACUAGCCAGACUAGCGCCACCAGACCAGCUGCAUUGCAAAACGCCUUCAAAUUGAAUAUUACCUAGUUGUGUAACCGUUUGUUUUGUUAUCGUGCCUUUCAUUCGAACCCGACGGCAGUUGGAAGGCUGUGUGUUCCAGAGUCACCACUCACGUUUACUUGUUAAGUACCACCAGCUUCCUCACCUCCUCCAAAAUGCUCAAAAUGCUGCUUUAGUAAGUUGUAGCAGAUCAUCUAUCCCAAAGCUAUUCGCAGGGCGGGGGCAUCAUACCUAAAACAGCAUAGCAAACCAAUGACCAAUGUGUGUGUGUGACCAAUUUCAAUUCAUGUGAUCGAAACCGUGGCACCAAACCAAAAUCAAAGUCAUUUAGUGUGGUGAGAGCGCGUGAUAGAGGACCGAAUAUCUGUAUCCCAUGUACACACACCCAUUCCCCUCUUUCCGUCAUACAUUUCAUCCUCCAGUUUCGCAUUCCUUUUCACAGUAAAAUUUUCUUUUCUUAUUUGUUUACAUUUGUAGCUUAAUUUAUUUUUUUCCUUUUUUUUAUUUCUUGCUAUCUCUUACGAAAAAAAAACACACUCUUUCUUGCUUGCAAAAUUUGAACCUUUUCGCUUUUCGUUACAUUUAAUUCCCAUUUCUUUGCUUCUUAUUUUGGCAUAACUCAAUUUGAUUUUAUCAUUUAUUUUUCCCCUUACCAAUUUAAAAGCUAAUGUUUUUUCGGUCUGUAUCGGUCGAAUGGGGCAAUCGUGUUGCCUGCAGAAAGUGGUACAAUUUGUCGAACCAUUAAUGUGUAAAUUGUUGACGUUUAGCGUUCUAUGAAAUUCGGACAGGAUCGGUAAAGGAUGCGCAGAACACUCGCUAGUGUAAGACCUAUUUAGCUAGUGCUAGAUAAUUGAAUUUACAUCAUUCGUGAAGCUAGGGAAUUUGCUUGAUUCAGACUGUGAAGAGGAAACAAAAUCGUAAAGGGAAUGUAACGUGUUCAGUAGGAGAAAAUAAAUCAUACCGAGCAGAGAUGGAAACCAAAAGUGAUGGAAAUGAAUCCAAAAGCAAACCGCGUAAUCCAAAAUGCACGAGCUGUGUGUACGGCGUUGUAAGAACGGUGAAAGUGAACGUGGCAAGUGGCGCGCUGCUUGAACAAUGAAAGGAAAAGGAUCUAACUGGAUCCACUGUUACUAAAAUUAACUUGUGAUCUCGUUGAGUUACUCAAAGUCAACGACGUGAUGAAAAUGAAUGCGAACGACGAAUACAAACAGUGCUGCUGUAGUGCCGUAGCCUUAUCAAUGCGCAACUAGCGAAACACGCGAACGUGAAGCGGAUGCGGUGCGAGAAGAUGCGACUAGCGGGCUCCAGGCCGCUCGAAAGAAGCGAAACGAAAGGCUGUAAACUUGCCGUUGUUGUUAUUGAAGAAGAAACACAAACAAAUACUGCACAACCAAUAUAAAUGGAUCCGUGUAUCCGAUCAGCUGCCCCCCAAACAUUGUGCGGCGCAACCUUAUUGUGAGUACAGUGUUUAGAUAUCCUAAGCAAACGAAGUAAGUGAUAGAUACUACCGCAAGUGUAUGUAGACAUGUAAGCAAGCUUUAUUGUGGAGUAGGGUUGAGGAUUACUUUUUCAUAUAUACAUCUAUAUAUUUUGAUACACAUAAUAUGCACUAUCUGAAUGAAACUCGGUAGAGUAUAAGAGUUUUAUGUUUAAAAGAAUGAUAACAAAACAAACAAGCAAACAAACACAUGCAAGUCAUAAGAAACUGUCCCCUGUUUCUGAACCAGGUGGACCAAAACAGAGGUGUGAAACAAACGAAGAGCAUGAAUUUAUAAACUAGGAAUAUUGGAGAAACUGGGAGAAACAAACAUCAACAACAAAGCAGCAUAAUACUACUGUAUCAGUUGAGAGGGAUUAAAUGCCCGCGGUAAUGGAGAGAAGUAAAGGUAAAUAGUAUAUGGAAAUGAAAAGAAUAUUUGUGAUUUUACUCAGUAAGCUAAAUCGGUCAGUGUCUCCGGUUGAGCUGCACGAUCCGGUCUUCUUCCCCGGAUCGAUCCGAGAGCACCAAACAUGCAUACCUUCUCGCGGCAUGUUGAGAGUGUGCGGACAUUCGGAGCGGUUCGGGAAACAACAGGGAUUUAGAUGCUCACCCGAGACUCGGACAAACACAGCCACAUUCUCAAAACUAGGAGCUAGGAUAUAGGGUUAACAAGAUUUAGGGGAAAGAUGAAUAGAUUUACACUCUCACGAUGCGCAGCGAUAUAUCUAUAUAGUCACGAAUCGGUAUAGUAGCUUCAUGCAAUGUCCUUCCCACAACGAUGACGAUAGUGUGCAAAGAUCACUGUUAACAACCCGACGGGACAUUUGCUCGAUCGGGCCAUAUUAUGCCAUUCCAUUCCAAAGCAUCAUCGUCGUCAUCAUCCAUCCCGUAGAAACAACGCGCAAACAAAUGAUGAUGGUCUCCGUUCCGUGGAUUGUGACCCAUCUUUCUCAAGUGCCACUAGUUCUUCCUUUCUUUUUGUAGCCGAUGGACCUUGACAUCGAAAUCAAGCGAUAAACUUUCAUUCGUCAAAUCCCUAUCUGACUCCGAUACUCAUCAACAAUCUUUCUUCCUAGGAGCUAGGGUAUCAUAGUGUUAAGCCUUCCUUAUUGUUAUGUAGGACCAUUAAGAGCGAACACAAAACAUGUAUACAAUUGACAAUUGACAUUGAAUAAAGAUUAAUAAAGAUUGAAGCAAAACGAAUG